UUAAGGGUGGCGGUGAUGGGAGGGUCCAGAACGAAGUCAGUGUGUGUAGCGAAAGGUGUGCAGGGCAGCCUGGUUGGCACAGAGGAGCAGGAGACUAGCCUGGGAGGGCACAGAGGGCCCUGCAACCAGAGGACUGGGCCUGGAUUCCUGGUGGGCUCAUCUUCCAUGGCCCAGGCCAGCCAUGAGACUGCCUCCGGGAGCCCUGGGAAGCCAGGCCACGGAGCCUCUUUCUAACUACAUAAAAGCAGCUUAGCCAGGGUCCUGGGUGCAGCCCAUCUGAUUCUGGUACAGUCGUGAAAUCUCUCACAGAUGCUGCUGUCAGUUAAAGGUCUCCCCUCUGCGCCCCCGCAGUCUGGUCCUCUCACUCCCACGCACUGGGGAAGGGCAAUUUUGAGGCUGUGACAAACUUCCCAAGACCUUUCUAGGGAUAAUUCAGUCAGCCUAAUUAUCCCAUGUUAAUUAGAUAAGACUCAAAUAACAGGAGCAAGGCUUGCAAGCCUAGCACUCUGGGAGGUUUAAGUUAUUUGCCCAGUUCUCUGAUUUUGCUGGGAAAAAAUGAUUUGCUCCAGGCAAACUAAGCCCACAAAUUAGGGCAGUGGCUCCCUCCUGAGCCCUAUAAAGGAGGCAUCUGAGACCGUAGGCUGGUAAGCUACAUCUCACCUAAGGGUUGGCAUCUCUUUCCAGCUCGCUGGCCUCCCCAGCAUGAGCCGCCAAUUCACCUACAAGUCGGGAGCUGCUGCCAAGGGGGCCUUCAGCGGAUGCUCAGUUGUCCUCUCUGGGAGCAGCUCACCCUCCUACAGGGCAGGGAGCAAAGGGCUCAGCGGGGGCUUCGGAAGCCGGAGCCUGUACAGCCUGGGGUGUGCCCGGAGCAUCUCUUUCAACAUGGCCAGUGGCAGUGGGCGGGCAGGGGGCUAUGGGUUUAGCAGAGGCCGAGCCAGCGGCUUUGCCAGCAGCAUGUUUGGCAGUGUGGCCCUGGGGCCCAUGUGCCCAUCCCUGUGCCCACCUGGGGGCAUCCACCAGGUCAUCGUCAACAAGAGCCUCUUGGCUCCCCUCAAUGUGGAGCUGGACCCCGAGAUCCAGAAAGUGUGUGCCCAGGAGCGGGAGCAGAUCAAGGCUCUGAACAACAAGUUCGCCUCCUUCAUCGACAAGGUGAGAUUCCUGGAGCAGCAGAACCAGGUGCUGGGGACCAAGUGGGAGCUGCUGCAGCAGCAGGAUCUGGACAACUGUAAGAACAACCUGGAGCCCAUCCUCGAGGGCUACACUAGCAACCUGCGCAAGCAGCUGGAGAUGCUGUCAGGGGACCGGGUGAGGCUGGACUCGGAGCUGAGGAGCAUGCGUGAUGUGGUGGAGGACUACAAGAAGAGGUAUGAGGAGGAAAUAAACAAGCGCACAACUGCUGAGAAUGAAUUUGUGGUGCUUAAGAAGGAUGUGGAUGCAGCGUACAUGAGCAAGGUGGAGCUGCAGGCCAAGGUGGAUGCCCUGGAGAGAGAAAUCAAGUUCUUUACGUGCCUGUACGAGGGGGAGAUUGCUCAGAUGCAGUCCCACAUCAGUGACACAUCUGUCAUCCUGUCCAUGGACAACAACCGGAACCUGGACCUGAACAGCAUCAUUGCUGAGGUCAGGGCCCAGUACGAGGACAUUGCUCUCAAGAGCAAGGCGGAGGCUGAGGCGCUGUACCAGACCAAGUUCCAGGAGUUGCAGCUGGCGGCCGGUCGGCAUGGGGAUGACCUCAAACACACCAAGAAUGAGAUCUCAGAGCUGACCCGGCUCAUCCAAAGGCUGCGCUCAGAGAUUGAGAGUGUGAAGAAGCAGUGCUCCAACCUGGAGACGGCCAUCACUGACGCUGAGCAGCGGGGCCACUGUGCCCUGAAGGAUGCUCAGGCCAAGCUGGAUGAGCUGGAGGCCGCCCUGCUCCAGGCCAAGGAGGAGCUGGCCAGAAUGAUGUGUGAGUACCAGGAGCUGAUGAGCACCAAGCUGGCUCUGGACAUCGAGAUUGCCACCUACCACAAGCUGCUGGAGGGCGAGGAGUGCAGGAUGUCUGGAGAAUACACCAAUUCUGUGAGCAUAUCCGUCAUCAGCAGUUCCAUGGCCGGGACGGCAGGCGCAGGAGCCGGCUUUGGGUACAGCGGCAGUGGCACCUAUGGCUAUCGGCCCAGCUCUGUCGGCGGCGGCUAUGGCUUCCUGCUGGGGGGCUGUGUCACUGGCAGUGGGAACUGCAGCCCCCGCGGGGAGGCCAAAACCAGGAUGGGGAGUACAAGUGAAAUCAAGGACCUGCCGGGAAAGACCCCAGCUCUGAGCUCACCCACCAAGAAGACCCCAAGAUAAAGUGAAAGACAGCUGUCCAGACAGCUUGCUUUGGUUUCUCCUGGACUCCCUUCUUCAGGGAUAUUCCUCCAUCACACUUAUCAUCACCUCCUCCUUGCUUUUCUUCAUCACUGUCAUCUCUCUCGCAAUUCUCUGCCUUAGUCUUUCUUAAUGAGACGCCAGGAUGCUAGCCCAUCCUUCUGCCUCCAUACUUAGAGGCUUCUUAGUGCAGCCUCCCCUUCCUGCAGAAUUGCCAGGGAUAAAGACUUGACCCUUUCCUGGCUGUAAGCCCCUCGCAGAUGAAGCUUUUGUCUCAAGGGCAGUCCUCCUGCUUCCCCUUCUGUGCCCUGGUUUAGGUAGUUAUUUGGCCAUGUGCUCCAUGGGUACAGAUGAUUACAGGCCCCCUGACAGACCUGCAAGGACUGUCUCUUCUUAGAUCAGCAUCAGCUCUGGGGAAACCCUUGGGCAUUAGCUGUAUUUACCUUGCAUGGUUCCUGCAGACUACAGCCAGGAGAAGCCCUUUGGUGAAGGGAUUUGUGCUCUCAGCAUUUGCGUUCUUGUCCUCGUUCAGGCCUUUCUUCCGUGCUUCCUCAUCUUACCAAUAAAUUUGUACAACUCAUGCUGUUUUUCUCUCCUAAGGGAAUCUACCUCUUAGGCAAAAUCUCUUCUGUAAAUAGAGGUCAAUGUCCUGGAACCCGAGGCCCGGUGUCUUUCAAAGAACCCCAAAGUAACCUUUGAGCUGAGUGAAAGACAUCCUUGCAUGGAUGGCAGGACCCACGGUCACCUUCAUUGGAUUUUGUGAUACUGAGGAUUCAUCUCUGUCCCCCAUCUCCAGCAGAUGAAUCUUUGAAGUCACACUUUUCUCAGGUCAAUGCACGGGUGAAUGGAAAAUCUUUGAGAACAUCCAGAUUGUUGGGACAGACAGGGAGCCAACAUUUGUCUCGUGGCAAAAUUUAAAACUGGCCAAACAGAACAACAAAUAUUGUAUAUUAACACAUAUAUGGAAUCUAGAAAAAUGGUACAGAUGACCCUAUUUGCAAAGCAGAAAUAGAGAUAUAGUCAUAGAGAACAAAUGACCUAGAUGGAAAGGCAAUCCAAAAAAGAGAGGAUAUAUGUAUAUGCAUAGUGGAUUCACUUUGCUGUACAGCAGAAAUGAACACCAACAUUGUAAAGCAACUAUACUCCAAUUAAAAAAAAUUGGCCAAGAGGCAGCAGAAGGCCAGUUCAAGAAAGCCUGGGUCUCAAGUUUUGACUGCUCAUUGUUCUCUGGACAAAGAUCAAAGGUAGAUUCUGUUUUAAUUAAUGACCUGUGUUCUCUUGAUCCUCGGGGAAGUUUUACUGGGUUGAGGUGGACGUGAAUGUACAUGUAUGUAUGUAUGAGUUGUGUUUAAGCGUGGGGGCCAUCUCUGUUGUAUGUCACUCAACUUCCAAAACACUCCUGUGCUCAGAGCUUUCUCAUAGGCUCCCAGGCCAAAAUCAUGCUGGCAGCAUGUGACAGGAAGCGAAAAGUAAGCGAGAGGCCAGCACACACUGAGACCAGGGCUCACAGGUGCAUCUGAACAGGGCCACUAUGGGUCCAGAGAGAGUCCUAGGGUUCAGGUCGAUAGCCUUGGAUUCAGAUUCAAUCCCUGCAACUAAGUGGUGAUCAUGGGCAAAGCUUUCAACUCCUUUGAGCCUCAUUUCUUUAGCUAUAAAAUAAGCAGAAUUAACCACCAGAUUGUAGUUAGGCUAAAAUGAGGCAAUAUGAAGAUGUUCUGUGCAAUUCCUGGUACAAAGUUCAUGCUUAA